AAAAAAGUUUAUGUUAGUUUAUGGUCCGCGUCUUUCUCUCGCCCGUUUGCGAGAUAGCCCAAUCGUAUAAUUUUUGGAUCUUUUGAUCCGUUUUUUCAUGGCUAACAUAUUAUACGAUUGAAUGUAUUUAUUAAUUCAAACAUGAGUGAUUAUCCUUCUAUGGCUACGCUUCAAAAUAAUAGCCAGACGGCGGGAUAUGCGAAUGCUCUACAACGUGCGAGAUUGGUUGCUGCAAAACUUGUAGGUGGUAGUAAGAGACCUUUGGAAGAGGGAACUGAACCAAGUCCGAAGAAAUCAGCAACUGUGGAGAGUAAUUAUCAACAACAAUCAAUGAGUGCAACAGCAGCAGCAACAGCGGCGGCUGCGGCGGCGGCGGCAGCGGCUCGCAUUUCCGCGUCGUGCGGCGCUGCCGGGGUGCCGCCGGCGCCGCCCAGCGCCCCUCCCAACUUCAUGCCCGAACAGACUAUCGAUGAGCGCAUUAGAGUGCCCGAUAAAAUGGUUGGACUUAUCAUUGGUCGUGGAGGCGAACAGAUCACACGGCUGCAGGCAGAGUCCGGGUGUAAGAUCCAAAUGGCUCCUGAUUCGGGCGGUCAGCCCGACCGCAUCUGUACAUUGACAGGGUCCCGGGAAGCUAUACAGAGAGCCAAGGAAUUAGUAAAUCAGAUAGUCAAUCACAGAGGGCGAGAGAACGCGCCGCAACAUCCAGACAACGCAAUGGGCAAUAUGGGCGGCGGCGGCGCCGGCAGCGGCAUGCCGCCUCUGCCCAGGGGUGGUGGGCUUGCUAUUACAGAAGAAGUAAUGUUACCAGGCCCUAAAGUGGGUUUGAUUAUAGGCAAGAAUGGUAAAACGAUCAAACAGUUACAAGAACAAUCUGGCGCCAAAAUGGUUGUCAUACAGGACGGACCUAACACUGAAUAUGAGAAGCCUCUACGUAUAUCAGGUGAUCCGUCAAAAGUGGAGCACGCCAAACAGCUGGUGUACGAACUGUUGGCCGAGAAGGACAUGGGAAUCGGCGGCGGACAGCGGUCGCAGUACGAUGACGCAUACUCACCACAAGAUCAGGGCAACGGACUCGCUACCAACUCCACUGAGGUGUCAGUACCCAAGAUUGCUGUAGGGGUGGUGAUAGGUCGCGGUGGUGAUAUGAUCAAGAAGAUCCAAGCAGAGACAGGCUGCAGGGUGCAGUUCCAUCAGGAGAGGGACGAUGGUCCCGGAGAUAAAAGGUGUUACCUGCAAGGCAAACCGCACCAAGUGGAGCAAGCGAAACAAAUGAUUGACGAUCUCAUCUCCAGCGUAAAUGGGGCAAACGAGCAUGCGGCUCGCCUGAUGAGGCGAGAUCAAGAAGUGAGGUCGGGUCCCGGUCGCGGCCGCGGAGGCUCUGGUCAGAGGAACGGCGACCGCGGCGACUACCAGCAGUGGCAGGAGAACCCGGAGAUACGUGUCACGUUCACUGUCUCUAACGUCAAGUGCGGCCUCAUCAUUGGUAGAGGUGGAGAAGUAAUAAAGCAAAUGAAUGCCCAAACUGGCGCACACUGCGAGGUUGACCGGCGAGCAACCGGCGCUGAUCGCAACACGCGCACGUUCUACAUCCGCGGCCACCCCGAUGCCGUCGAGGCCUGCAAGCGGCUCAUCAUGGAGAAAGUUGGCAUGCCUAUCAACUUCAUCCAAGACGGCGGUAACAAUGGCGGCGGUGGCGGUGCCGGUGGCGCCGGCGGCGAGUACUAUGGCGGCGGUGGCGGCGGCAAUGGCGGCGGCCCGCCCGCCUGGGGCUAUAACCCGCAGUGGCAACAAGUCAACCCUUCACAACAACCACAGCAACAAAUACAGAUAAACCCACUGACCGGCCAGCCGGACUACUCACAGCAGUGGAUCGACUACUACCGCUCACUUGGUCUCAUGAGGGAAGCGGAGGCAGUGGAGCAGCAAGCUAAACAACAGCAAGCCGCAGCGGUAGCAGCUAGUGCUGCAGCGAGCGGGGCCCCGACCAGCGCGGCGGGCGGUGGUCCAGGUGCAGGCGCGGCGGCGGGCGCGGGCGCGGGCGCGGCAGCGGGCGCGGGCGCGGGCGCCGCCGACUACAGUGCGCAGUGGGCCGAGUACUACCGCAACAUUGGCAAAAUCAAGGAGGCCGAGGCCAUCGAAGCGCAGAUGAAACUCAAGCAACAACAAGCCCAAGCCGGAGCUGUAGCUCAACCGCCGCAGACGGCGCAGCAGACGGCGGCGAGCCCGCAGCAGCAGCAGCAGCAGGCGGCGGGCGGGCCGCCCGGCAAUGGCGCCGCCAUGAUGGGCGGCCAGUACCAGCAGCAGUACCCCAUGUACUCCGGCGCCAUGUACCCCGGCUACGCGCCCUACCCCUACUCUGCGUCCUCCGGCCCCGACCAGCAGCAGUGAGCAGCGCUGAUCACCGGGUCCACGCAGACAAGAGGAUAUAGCCUGUAAAAUGUUAUGUUAAGCAAAAUUUCACUAAAACCCGACCCGAUCGCCCUUCGAAUACCCACAAUAAAUAAUCGGAAAUAUAGUAGAGCUGACACUGUUUUGAAAUGUUUAAUCUUUUAGGAAAAAACAUUCAGGCCAGUAUAUUAAAUUAUUAAUCUAUGAUAAACCCAAAGUACAGUCUAUUAAUAAAAUUAUGACAAUAGCUAGUAAUUUUUCUUGUAUUGUAUAGGAAUUGUCAAUUCAAUAAGCAUUGUAUUUCACAUGUAUAUUUAAGUUUUAUUUACAUGUUGACGUUUCUCUACCGCGAUAUAAUACGACAUAAUGUAAAAGACAUAAGUAAGAAACAUGGUAACAUAGUAUUGUUAUUAAUUUUAUUAUUAUAAUAAGUCCUCUCUAUAAUUUUUAAAUUAUUGACUCUAUUGUGCGUUCUAUUCGUUGAGCUGCUUUUAUUUUAUGCCGCAUUAUAAUUCUGUCAGCAGUUAGGUUGCCUACAGUGCGCUGGCGGCCGCGAAAGAAACGCCAAUAUGAUUUCGAUUCGCAUUAAACACCAUUACAUAUCAAUUUAUUUCUUGUGGGUUAUAAUGUUUUAUUAGUAAAAUGUAUUGAAACGUGAGAUUAUAAUAAAAUUAACGAAUCGCGGCUGUGUGGUCAAUAUAUAAAUGAUUUUCAACUGUGUAUUAUGCUCGUGUUCACGUGUACUUAUUGAAACUGUCGUUAAUUGUUUUGUGCCAAUUGACAGUCUGUCCAGGUUUGUAAUGUACCACACUGCUUUUAAAUAUGAGUCGGACGAAGGAGCGAUAGAGCGACACGAUGCGUUGCAUUGUGAGAUACUUCGUCGACGCCAGGAGUCGAGGUAACACCACUGUGUGACUAGUUUAUAGAAAUAUCAUUUUUAUUAUGUGUAACAUGAUAAUCUCUACUACUAUUUGUCGUUGGACUUUCUAGUUUUAUCCCCUCGCGGUGGGGUUUUAAAACUAAAAUUUAUAAUACAAUUUCGUAAUAUUAUAAUGUAGGUGUGUAAGUUAGGCGUUAUGAUAAAGUAUGUUCGGUCUUACUAUUCUUCCACGCCCGUUAGGUUGUAACGAAUAUGCUACAUGGUUUAGAAUAUGUAUUUUCUUUUUCUAAGAUUUAGCUUUGAUAAUUACCCCAUAGGGACAGUGUAUAGCAGAAGUGAAAAGGUAAUGUAAUCAAAUCUACAUUCCCCGAAAAUGUUCAGUAAUUAUUAUAUAAAACGCGUAUCCACUGACGCACCACGGAUAUCCCUCAACUUUUGUAUUAUUAUUUAAGAGAUAAAGUGUAUAUUAUUGA